AUGACCUCACUCCCAUAUCAUCAUUCACCUCUUACAACACCCAAACGAGAGAUCACAAGGUCUUCAGCUGGACAUCUAGCCCCAUACCUCCGCGUUCUCGGUUUAAGUGGCGACGAAUAUCUGGACGAGGUGGACGACAAGUAUUUCGAACUCGUUUCCACUUGGGGCGGUCCAAAACAUCCAGGUAGUCAGAAAUUCGCCCGAAUGCAACUGGAUGCGAUUGACGAGGCAUACCAAGCUAUUCUCCCAAGAUUAAUGGAUGCUUUUGCAAGCAGUGACGCCGCUCACAGAUAUUCAAUGAAGAACCUUGAAACUGCUCACGAUCGCAUUCAGGCCUCCAGCCAGGACGACAAUUCCUUUUGGAUUCAUGCAGAUGUACCCCCAAGAGACUCUCCUCCCCACCGACUGUCACCAGAUCAUGAGACAUCUGACAACCAAAGAAAUGAUAUACCAAGUGAUUAUCCAACUUUCCAUGUCAAUGAGAUCCGCGGCGACCUCCUUGAUGCUCCAGAUGGAGCGACCAUUAUCCAUGCAGUUAACUGCCAAGGCUUAUGGGGUUUUGGAGUCGCAAAACAACUGAAAACUGAGUUCCCGGGCGCAUUCAAAGCAUAUCAGUCUUACUGCGAGACGGCGAAGAGGCCCAGGCACCUAGCUGGAAAAUGCCUCCUGAUUCCGCCUCAAAUUGAGGACUAUCAGGAUGACGAAACGCUGGAAAAGAAGGCGUCGAAUGGAAAGCCAGACCCACGCACUUACCGCAAACAACCCUGUAAGCAACGACGAUGGAUCGCUUGUUUGUUGACCAGCGUUGGUUACGGGACAAAGAACAUGCGAUUCAAUAAUCCUGGCAGAGACUCACCAGAGAGGAUAUUGCGACAGACGCAAAUGGCGCUUGAAUCACUUCGAACUCAGCUCGAGGACUAUACGCGAUGCGACCUUGGAGAGCAUGACGAGUAUGCGGUCCCUGGUGACCUGUGGACUUGCAAAUUCAACAGCGGUGCUUUCGGUGUCGAUUGGGAAGAGACCCUGGAAAUCGUUGAGUCCGAGUUCGAAGGCUUCGACCAACCUUUGACGGUUGUAGCGAGGGCUUGA